GACAGCACUUUUUCGCGGUAAAAUGAAAUGGACGUAAGACGUUGGUCAGAUUUCUUCCUCAUUUCUACUGUUAAACUUGUAGCUGAUUGUUCUUGCUAGUACUUAAUAAUCGCAAUUGUUAAGAGAAUUAGGUCGUCGACGUUGCUAUGAAGUGAGAGCAAAGCUAGCUACCGAAGUAUCAAAACAUUAGCAUCGUGCAUAACGCUGUAUUGUCCGACGUUAGUAACUGUAAAGCGUAAAACAAUGGCAUUAGUGACCGGAGAGAGCCUAAAAUCAGAGCUGGAAGUGUUCGACAUACCCUGCGAAGAUGAGUCCGUCCUUGACAAGAUGGUGGAGCAGUGUAUCUGUAACAGGAUACAAGCAGAUGACAUGGUGCUGGAGUGGGUGGCCUACAGCACCACAAAAAAUGGACUAAAACUAACUGUGGACACCCUGGAGCAGUUUGAGCAUGAGGUGUUAAACAAGAAGAACAAAUGCAAGCAAAGCUUCAGAAAGGAAGAAACUCAUAACAGAACCAGAGAUAUCCACACAAUACAGGACUUAAUCAAAGCUGAGGAAGAGGAGGACGAUCUACUGGACUCCUACUCUACUCCUGCUAAGGGCUCUCAGAAGCGAGCACUGACCACCCCUGAACACCCUCAAUCAAAAAGAAGUGCAGCUCUGCUGGCCAGCCCAGGCCUGCUGCUGUCUCCUGCCAUCCUUUCUCCCAGUUCAACACCGUCACAGAAGUACAGCCAGCGAGGAGGGAAAGGGGAGGUGGUGGCUACAUUUGGGGCUGUGCAGGGCACCCGCUGGGCAGGCAGGAAGGCUCUGAGUGCAGACAUCCAGGUGGAGCUGCUGGAAGGGCCUGAAGACUCGCUCCGCUGCAGCUACAAGUACAUGUUCCAGAGGCUGCGCGAUGUUCGAAACGUGCUGACGGAGAAGAUAGAGGAGCUCGGCGAGGGUCUCAGGUCUCACUUCCACAUCGAAGAGUUCUCCCCCGUCUCUCUGCCUGCCCAGGACAGUAUAACAGUAUUGGGUCAAGUUUGCUGCGACAGUAACGGCAAACUGAAUGCACAGUCGGUUCUGUUGGAGGCGGGACCAGAGCAGGGUGGUCAGCAAGUACCUGUUGACCUAUCAGAGCUUAAAGAAUACUCCCUGUUUCCUGGUCAGGUGGUCGUGAUUGAGGGGAUGAACACAACAGGCAGAAAACUGAUGGCUUCCAAACUCUAUGAGGGAGUCCCUCUUCCUUUCUACACUUCCGAGGUGAAAAUGGAGAUGGAUGAAGAGCCUAUGAAUGUCCUGGUGGCAUGCGGACCGUACGCUCCCUCGGACAGUCUGACCUUUGACCCUCUGCUGGACCUAAUCAACGUCAUUGUCAGGGAUCGUCCUGAUGUCUGCCUGCUGCUGGGCCCAUUUGUGGAUUCCAAACAUGAACAAAUUGAGAAAGCUCAGAUGACCGAGACGUUUGAGGCCGUUUUCUCAAGAUGCGUUGAAAGCGUCGUAGAUGGAACCAAAAGUGUUGGCUGUCGCCUGGUGUUUGUGCCCUCUCAGAGAGACAUCCACCAUCAUUUCAUCUACCCUCAGCCUCCCUUCACCCUGCCAAACCUCAGCAAGGACCAGGCCCAGCGUGUCACCCUGGUCCCUGACCCCUGCACCCUGCUGAUCGACGGUGUCACCUUUGGCUUGACGUCCACUGACAUCCUGUUCCACAUGAGUGCGGAGGUGAUCAGCUGCGGCGCUGGAUCGGACAGAUUUUCACGCAUUCUGAAACACAUGCUGACCCAGAGGAGUUACUACCCGCUGUACCCGCCCGUGGAGGAGGUGAACAUGGAUUAUGAGAAGUUCCAGAGCUUCGGUCAGAUGCCGCUCACCCCCGACGUUCUCAUCAUUCCUUCUGAGCUGCGCUACUUUAUAAAGGACGUGGUCGGCUGCGUGUGUGUCAAUCCUGGACGGCUGACCAAAGGCCAGGUGGGCGGGACCUACGGCAGGCUGCUCAUCCAGCGCAGCACCACAUCACUGGAGGGGAAGAGAGUGAGCCCCUGUUCGGCUGCUCAGGUGGUGAAAAUCUGAAAGGAGAUGAAGACUUUUGGAUGCUCGUUGUCAGCUGAAAUGAGCUGACGUGACCAGGGCUGCGCUCUGUAGGCACAGAUGUAAAAUAUGUUAAAACAAUUCACUGUACUGCUGAAAUCCUUUGGUUUAUUUUUAUAUGAGACACACGUUGUGUUGUGGAAUAUUAGUCACUCAGAAACAACAACAAUAAUCUCUUUUCAAUAAAUUAUUGUAGCCCUUUGUACAAUUUCCUUUCCUGUCAGUCAGAGCAUUGUAUCCAUUUCUCUGGUUCUCAUUGGAGGAGAAAGAAAAAAAAAAAAACUGCUGAAAAAUGUCUUUUGUACUUCAUUUUGUCAUAAAAUAGAAUAAAAAAAAUUAUUGUUUAACAUAUGUAAGUUUAAUGUAGUGGAGUUAAUCCAAGUGAGAUUUGGAAUUAUUGGAUUCAAAUUAUGUAACAUUCAGAUAUCUCACUAAUCAAACGGCAGAAAACAAACAACUUUAACAGGCUGUUUCAUCUUCUUUUUCAUGUUUGAUGUUUUAAAUAAACUAAAUUCUCUUUGACUGAGGGACAGUUUU